CAAAGAUAUCAUAGACUAAUGAUUACUUAUCUUUUCUUAACAGACCACAAUGCCUCAGGAAUACAAAAGAAAAACAAACCGUGGGAGUAAUCCUGAUUUUCUUCAACGUGCAGCAGCAGACGUCCAAGGAGGAAGCAGCAUUCGAAGUGCUGCAAAAGAUCAUGGUGUUGAUUGUUCGACCCUUAAGCGAUAUAUGGAAAAGCAGAGAGAUGAUCCUGAAGGAGUUAGUGGUUAUCAGAACUGUAAAAUAAAGAACUUGAUCUUUCCUCCAGAGAUGGAAACUGAGUUAGCCCAGCACAUCAAAGAUUUGGCAGCAAGUUAUAAUGGGUUAUCUAAAGAAAAAUGUUGCAGCUUGACCUACGAAUAUGCUAUGCGAAACAGAGUUGAAGUUCCCGACAACUGGCAAACCACCCAAAAAGCAGGGCAAAGUUUCUGGUUGGGAUUUAAAAAACGCCACAACCUUGCCAUUCGUAGUCCAGAGGCUACUUCGUUAGCACGAGCGACUGCCUUCAAUCGUCAUACAGUUGGUAAAUUUUAUGACAACUUAGCAUCUGUCAUGGACCAACACAAGUUUCAGGCACAGGACAUAUACAAUUUGGAUGAAACUGGGUGCACGACCGUGCAAAAGCCAGGAAAUGUUGUUGCGCCAAAAGGAGUAAAGCAAGUUGGAUCAGUCACGUCUGCCGAAAGGGGGGAACUAGUCACGGUGGUCAAUACCAUAAGCGCCGGUGGGGCAGUGCUGCCACCGCUGUUCCUAUUCCCAAGAGUCAACUACCGCGAGCACUUCAUACGUGGGGGUCCAGUAGGCUCCAUUGGUGGAGCUACAAGAACAGGGUGGAUCAAUACAGAAACUUUCGUAGGGUAUAUGGACCAUUUCAUCCACCAUACACGAUGCACUCCAGAGAGAAAGGUCUUGCUCAUCCUGGAUAAUCAUGAGGCACACAUCUCUCUAGCAGCAGUUGACAAAGCAAAGGCAAAUGGGGUAGCUCUGUUAACGAUUCCCCCCCACACUUCCCACAGGUUACAACCAUUAGAUACAGCAAUUUAUGGUCCGUACAAGAGAGCAUAUGCACGCGCAAUGGAUGCUUGGAUGCGUUCUAAUCCUGGCAAAACUGUUUCUAUCUACGACCUCCCUUCACUUGUGAAUGAGGUCCAUGUAUGUGCAUGUGUUCCAAGAAAUAUCCUGUCAGGUUUUCGAAGUGCAGGAAUUUACCCGUUCAACAGGGACAUAUUUACUGAUGCCGACUACGCUCCAGCAAACGCCCCAGCAGAAAAUGCCCCUGAUGCUGAUCAAGCGGAGAAAACUGGUGCCCCAGCAGCUGACCUAGAGAAUGCCCCUGCAGCACAGGACUCGGAUGCACCUGCAGCUGUCCCCACAGAGAACUCUGAUACCACCGCAGAUGCAGGCUCAUCAGGGAAUCCUGAUGGACCCACAACAUCCAGAGCAUCCACAUCCACAUAUGUAUCACCCAGGGAUAUAGAGCCAUUCCCUAAGGCCGCACCUCGGAAAGGAAGAGCUACUAAUAGAAAGAAAGGUAGCACUAAAAUUCUGACUGACACACCAGUCAGAGAUGAAAUUGCUGCAGCAAAUAAAGCCAAAGAAAACAAGAAACAAGCUGCAAAUACCAAUGCAAGAAAAUCUCUAUUCACAAAGCCGCAAAGCAGAAGCAAACGUAAAAAGCUGCCUUCUGAGAGCUCAUCUUCAAGUGAAAGUGAUAUGGACAUGGAGUUGUCGGAUACCUCUGAUGACUCUGACGUGGAUGACGAUCAGGAGGAUAUCAUUGAAGGCGACUUCGUGAUAGUGAAAGUCCACAGAAAAACAAGAACAAUGCACUACAUUGCCAGAGUUGACGGAUUUGAUGCUGAUGAAUAUGAAGGAGUUUUUCUUCGUAGAGUGUUGAGCCGCAAUGAUGACAGGGCUACUUUUGUUGUGGAUACCGAGGAUGAAGCACUGUGGUUGCAAGAAGAUAUAGCAAAGAAGUUGCCAACCCCCACUGUUAGUGGUACUUCGUUGUAA